CCGGCAUCCAACCUGCUGUCGCCGCGGCCAGGCCGAGCGCAGCAGGCGCCACGCGCAGAGCACACGCUCGCACUCCAGCUCCCGGCCUCCGCCGUUCAUGACCGUGACCCCCGGACGCAGGCUCCUCCAGCCCCUGCCUCAGGCUCUUCGGCCACUCCCAGCUGCCGCAAGGGUCCCCACUUCCCCAAGUGCUUUGAAGUUAGCCUGAGCCCCCCUGGCUGCUGCCCGCUCGUGGCUGCCCGGCUCGGCUGGCACCAUGCUGCCCGCGCGCGUCCGUCUGCUCACGCCCCACUUGCUGCUCGUGUUGGUGCAGCUGUCCCCGGCCAGCGGCCACCGCACCACCGGCCCCAGGUUUCUAAUAAGUGACCGUGACCCUCCGUGCAACCCACACUGUCCCAGGACUCAGCCUAAGCCCAUCUGUGCCUCCGACGGCAGGUCCUAUGAGUCCAUGUGUGAGUACCAGAGAGCCAAGUGCCGAGACCCAGCCCUGGCCGUGGUCCAUCGAGGUCGAUGCAAAGAUGCUGGCCAGAGCAAGUGUCGCCUGGAGAGGGCUCAGGCCUUGGAACAGGCCAAGAAGCCUCAGGAGGCUGUGUUCGUCCCAGAGUGUGGUGAGGACGGUUCCUUCACACAGGUGCAGUGUCAUACGUACACAGGGUACUGCUGGUGUGUCACUCCAGAUGGCAAGCCCAUCAGCGGUUCUUCCGUGCAGAAUAAAACUCCUGUAUGUUCAGGUCCAGUUACCGACAAGCCCUUGAGCCAGGGUAAUUCAGGAAGAAAAGAUGACGGCUCUAAACCCACGCCCACGAUGGAGACCCAGCCUGUGUUCGAUGGAGAUGAAAUCACAGCCCCUACCUUAUGGAUUAAGCACUUGGUAAUCAAAGACUCCAAGUUGAAUAACACCAACGUAAGAAAUUCAGAGAAAGUCCACUCCUGUGACCAGGAAAGACAGAGCGCCCUGGAAGAGGCCCGGCAGAAUCCCCGAGAGGGCAUUGUGAUCCCCGAGUGUGCUCCUGGUGGGCUCUAUAAGCCGGUGCAAUGCCACCAAUCCACAGGCUACUGUUGGUGUGUCCUAGUAGACACAGGGCGCCCGUUGCCGGGGACUUCCACACGCUAUGUGAUGCCAAGUUGUGAGAGUGACGCCAGAGCCAAGAGUGUAGAGGCAGACGACCCUUUCAAGGACAGGGAGUUACCAGGCUGCCCUGAAGGGAAGAAGAUGGAAUUUAUUACCAGCCUGCUGGAUGCCCUCACCACAGACAUGGUUCAGGCCAUUAACUCAGCAGCGCCCACUGGAGGUGGGAGGUUCUCAGAGCCAGACCCCAGCCACACCCUGGAGGAGCGAGUGGCACACUGGUACUUCAGCCAGCUGGAUAGCAACAGCAGCGAUGACAUUAACAAGCGGGAGAUGAAGCCAUUCAAGCGCUAUGUAAAGAAGAAAGCCAAGCCCAAGAAAUGUGCCCGGCGCUUCACUGACUACUGCGACCUGAACAAGGAUAAGGUCAUCUCACUGCCUGAGCUGAAGGGCUGCCUGGGUGUUAGCAAAGAAGGUGGUAGCCUUGGCAGCUUCCCUCAGGGAAAACGAGCAGGCACAAACCCGUUCAUCGGACGCCUUGUCUAAAGAGCGGAAAAAUCAAAAGGCCCAUGGAGACUCCGAGGAGACAAGGACUGACCAUCACACCUAACCCUCAGCGCUGCCCGUGGCCCAGCCACAGCCUGUGUAACAUAAGUGGUGCCCGCCAUGUUUGCACUUUUAAUAACUCUUAAGUGUGUGUGUGUGUUGUUUCUGGUUCCAUUUGUAAACACCAGUUAUCUAAUACCACAGCAGGAACAGGAAAGGGAAGAAAAGCUGUUUAUUCUCUCUCUUAUUGUUAAGUUUUUCUGAAUCUGCUACUGACAACUUUUAGGUUAUCGGGCGAGGGGUGGGAUGGAGAAGAAAGAAAUUUAUAUACUGUAUAUAAAUAUAUAUGUAAAUUGUAUAGAUCUUUUGUACAGGCAUCGACAUCGCUGUUUGUCCCUCCCCUCUACUUCCUCUGGACUCACAGUCCAGCUCUCUCCUUAGCUUUCCCGAGUUUCACCGUAGAUGGACUCUGAGAGAAUAGAUGAGAGCCCUGUGCUUGUGCUGUGGACAGCAUGUUUUCUUCUGGUGGGAAGAGAGUACUGGUCCAUGCCAUUAGCUGUCAAAGUCCAGUCACUUGGCCAUUGGCUGGGUAGGAGGGGAGCCCAGUUCCUGUGGUGGCCAGCAUGGAUUUCAGAUCUCCGGUGGCCCUUGUGUCCGCACUAUCCAGAUCCCUUGGCAGUCUACAGUGAAUAAUGGAGCAGUCUCUACCUGAAGGGGCUGAAUUUGGCUGCUUUAAACAUCUCCACCCAUGUUUAGCACAUCCCCUGUGGAGGACAUGAGAGGUGAGACCCCAAGCAUGUGAGGAAAAGGACACCCAGCAGGGUUCUCCUUCGGCAGGUGUUGGGCGUCUGAGGAGCUGGUGAGCAGGACAGAAGACCUGAGCCAGCCCUUCUGCAAACCCACAAGAGUCCCCACAAGCCUGUAACUCCCAACACUAGAGUCCGACGAGGUUUUACUUCCGUGCUCUCCCUCCAUCUCUUGGAUCCUCACCGAUUGGGUGAGGCACCUUGUUGACCAAUCCCGGAGUUGCUCUUAUUCCUCUGGCUUUUCUCAUGGAUUUUCAGAAUUCUGGAAUUGGCGUGGCGUCCCUUACUUCCGGUUCCUCAGGAGGAAUAGGAGAGAUAAUCCAGCUGUAGGGAAAGCUAGGCUUUUGCACAGAGUGUCACCUGGAUUGUGCCAGGGCAGAGAAGCAGCUUUUUCUGUCUAGGUGACGUGCUGAUCCAGAGGUCCUUCCGUCAGAGCAGCAAGUGACACUUAGCAGCUCCUCCACGGUCAGCCAUGACGGCAGUGAGGGAAGCCAGGACUGGUGCUUCUGCUGGUCUGCUGGCCUCAGUCCGCCUUCCCUGGGAUCGCAUCUCAGUAUCCUGUAAAUGCAUCCACCCUGGUGAACCCCGCUCUAGCUUGGGUCUGGAAGGCAUGGACCACAUAAUGCUGCCCACAUGUGGGGAACAUAGCCUUCUUGGGGCUUGAUUCGAUGAAUUCUCUGCUCCAGAAGGUUCCUGCUGUCCUGAUGGAAGUCACACAUACUGUCCCAUGAUGACCAGUAACCCUGUCCUGCAUGGUAAGGUGGAAAGAACACCUUCUCUUGGUGUUGGAGCCUUAAACAGGAACACUGCACUCAGCACGCUGGAGCUGGAUGGCCCUCCCAGCAGACUCCAGUCCCAUUUCCUGGCCAGAAGGAAAUGUGCACGGAGAAGCCACCUGUAUGUAGGAGUUUAGAAUCUGACCAACUUCUCUCUCACAGAUGGGCGUGGGCUGUGCUGUGUGGUUUCCCCUUGGGGAGGCGGGAGCAAGAAAAAGUAUUUGUAGCUUGUUUUAUAAAAAAUAAAAAUGGGUAAACUUG